AUGUCCAAAGAUCCAUCAAAACCAAACAUCGUGCUCAUCCUAGCUGACAAUCUCGGUUGGGGUGAGCUCGGCUGCUAUGGCGGAGGCAUUCUUCGCGGCGCUGCGACACCGCGCAUCGACAAACUCGCCACAGAAGGUCUUCUUCUUCAUAACUUCAACGUGGAGAGUGAUUGCGUUCCCACGCGCUCGGCCUUGAUGACAGGUCGUCAUCCCAUCCGAACUGGCUGCCGACAAUCUGUGCCAGCUGGAUUUCCUCAAGGCCUUACAAAUUGGGAGCGUACACUGCCGGAAUGUCUCAAGCCAAAAGGUUAUGCGACGGCUCAUCAUGGAAAGUGGCAUCUUGGUGAUAUUCCUGGUCGGUAUCCUUCUGAUAGGGGAUUUGACGAGUGGUUUGGAAUUCCGAGAACGACUGAUGAGAGUCAGUUUACGUCUGCUUUGGGAUAUACACCUGAAGUUGCGGAAUUGCCAUACAUCAUGAAAGGUGUUGCGGGACAAGAUUCUGAGAAUGUUUGCGUGUAUGAUCUCGAAAAGCGAAGGCUGAUCGAUGAGAUGCUAGUUGACCAGUCAAAAGACUGGCUUUCGCGUCAAGCCAAGGCAGAGAAGCCCUUCUUCUUGUACCAUCCCCUUGUCCAUCUGCAUUUCCCGACUCUGCCGCAUCGCGACUUCGAAGGGAAGACAGGACAGGGAGAGUUUGCUGACUCUAUGGCUGAGAUGGACUACCGAGUUGGUCAACUGAUCGAUCACCUGGAUGAGCUUGGAGUUCGUGAGAACACAGUCUUGAUAUUUGCCUCUGACAACGGACCUGAGUUUAGACCUCCAUACAGAGGUACUGCUGGGCCGUGGUCUGGGACGUACCAUACUGCCAUGGAGGGGAGCUUGAGAGUCCCUUUCAUCAUCCGAUGGCCGGGAAAAGUCCCUGUUGGAGUAACAUCCAACGAAACCGUCCACGUAACCGAUAUUUUCACAACCAUCCUUCAAGUUGCGGGUGCAGAGGUCCCAAACGAUAGACCCAUCGAUGGAAUCAGCCAGGUAGCGUUCUUCAAGGACCCGACUGCUGUCAAAUCUCAGCGUGAAGGCUUCCUCUUCUACAUCAAGGAUGAGCUACGAGCUGUGAAGUGGAAAGACUGGAAGCUUCAUUUGGUCUGGGAACCAAAGGUCAACCAAUCUUCUGGAAAGCUGGAAUCUCCAUAUUUGUUCAAUGUGGUGAGAGAUCCAAAGGAGGAAACAGAUAUUUUGGCGUACAAUACCUGGGUCUUGCAGCCGGUUAUGAAGCUGAGAGCGGCAUUUGAGAAGAGUUUGAGGAGUGAUCCAGCACCGCCUGACCCACUCAAAGGUCUCUAA